AUGGCGCCGCAUUCGCCCACACAGUCUGAAGGCGGCGAUUCAUCGCAGACAUCGCCGAGCUCGGACACGAGCGCUCGUCAGGCACGCAGAGAAUCGGAUCCCGCGCGAGAAGCAAGCGCUUCGCAGGAGAGGUCAUGGCUGCCUCAGCUCUCUUCUCUCUCGCUCAGGCGUCAGUCGAGCUCCAGUCCGACCCUGCGAGAGAGCACUCUCAAUCAUGACUCGUCUGCCGCUACCACACCAUCCGAGAGAUCAUCGGGUCAGCACAAGAUCCGCUCGAGACUCAACAGUCUCGCCGUUUCGACUGCCAUGUCGGACAACACUGCACCCAGGCGGGCAGAGCAGACGAUCCAGGAGCAUCAGUCAGCAGAGCAGCCCGCCCGACACGUUCGUACCGGCGGCCUCUUCGACCAAUACUUCUCUACGCCCGUCUCGCCAUCAGAAGAGACCCCGGACCCCGUCAGCGCGUUUGGCCUGAUACCAGAGCUCAACAUUGCAUCGCGCCGCCUCGCGGCAGACGAGCAGGUGCCCGUAGCAGAUCCGAUGCAAAGUACAGAGCAGCAGCAACAGCUUGGCACCAAGAGAUAUCCCUCGCUUUCUAGCUUGUCCCUCAGUGCCGUCGGUCGAGCGUCGUCAGACGAGACUCGUAGACUCGCACUCGAAGCCAGCUCUGUCGGAUCCGAUGGGCGCAGAAGCCCCGGUCGGCCUGCUUUGACGCAGCAGGACGAAGAAGCGGACGGUCUCAUGCCACUUAGGCGAGUCUCGCCGGGCUACGACAGCAGCCCUUCCCCGGCUGCUCAUACGCCGCCACAGACUGGUUCGCCUGUCAGUCCGAGUCAGCUUGGCCAGAAUGCAUUCGUCUGGCAAAGUGGCAGACAGCAUCCACGCAGAUCGAGCUCAGGCAUAGGCUCCAAUGACUCGUCGGAUCGCAUCGCCCCCAGUCAAGGCUCGGGCGAUGCAGUAAGCUCCAGAUCCCGACAGGCCAGUCAUUCGCCUCAGCCCCAGCCAAGGUCACGCUUGCCGAGUGGCACAAGCAGGACGUUCAUCUGCCCGCCUAUGCUCGUACGACCACGUUCGCAGGCGCGGUCCGUUUCAACUUCGGAGCUUUCAUCGCAUGGUCAUUCCCCAGAUGAUCGCGAACCUGCCAUAGACUCGCAGCGAGACCGGACGCUCGACGUCAGCCCUGGCAGUAGUCCGCUGCCCGACCGAUCCCUGCCUUCGAUCGUUCUGAGUCAGCGCGCGUCAGUGUCUUCCCAAGGCUCUGUAUCGCCUGGCUCGACUGCGCACAGCGCAAUCGGCACCUUGAUUCAACGCAAACGUCGACAAGCUUCUUUGCCGUAUUACAAUGCGGUCAGUGCGCCGCACUCUAGACUACCGUCUAGGCCAGCAUCUCCCAACCAAAUACGGCUCGCCUCCGCGGCCAACUCGCCUUCGCUCAGCAGGCGGACAUCGGGUACCGGUGCGGAUGGGGAUCCUGCCGGACCGAGACCCAUCUUGCCAAAAAGGAUGCGUAGCCGACAUGGUACCAGAGCGGGCGAACUCUUGUCGGCCAAUCCGGCGCUCUCGCAAGUCUCGCCAUUGCUUGGCCCGGCCUAUACCUUCGAAGACGAGUUCGCAGAUUCAAGUCCUUGGAGUCGAGAAGGCGCUCGCUCUUUCGAUGGUCGAGGAGAAGUCAUCAUGACACCAACAACCGAAGAAUGGGCAGGCUUGGGAGGCAUGUUUGGCAAUGGCAGGAUCGCACAUUACGAGGGUGAUCAGCAUUUGUCAGCGAGUGACUCAUCGAGCGAGGAGGAGUACGCAGAUGUAGAAGAGGGUCCACGAACGCCAAGCUCCCAGAAAAGCUCGCAACCGCUGUCUGACUCGACCGCAACACCUCGAGCUCUGAUCCACAAGAGCUCCUCAUCCAGUAUAGGCCUGGUCAGUAACAAGGUUCGCAAAACGACAUCCAUGCGCGAACUGCACGUCGCGGCGAACCGAAGCCCGGUACAGCGGCUGACAAGUCGGCCGUCCCUCAGCAAACUCAGACUGGGCACGUUGCCUAGACCACCUAGCCCGUUACCACUCAGCGCACUCGGGCCUGCCGAUCCGCACGAAUACAGCGCAUGCACCAAGGCCAGGAAUAUCACGAGCUUUGCCGUGCAAGGUGAGACGGGCAAGGGCGCAUACGGCCUCGUCACGCGUGGUCGCGAGAGGGGCACGGACGGUCGGCCAACAGGACCGGACGUGGUCAUCAAGUACAUCAUCAAGCAGCGUAUCCUCGCAGAUUGCUGGAAGAAUCACCGUGUGCUUGGGCCUAUACCCGUCGAGAUCCAUGUGCUGGAUCACCUGAGACGCUUGCCUUACCAGCCCUCGCCUCUGGCCGAACGAAGAGCAGCAGUCGCCCGUCGCAAGUCUAUCCGAUCAGGCCAGCCCGUCGAACACGAAGCUCGCACAACCGGGCAUCCCAACAUUUGCAGCAUGCUCGACUUCUUCGAGGAUGCAGAGCAUUACUAUCUCGUCAUGCCGCGCUAUGGCGAUGGGCAGGAUCUAUUCGACUAUGUUGAUGCCAGGCCGGAAGGUCUGCCGUUGCGGGAGAUCCGUACUAUUCUAAGUCAGAUUGCCGAUGCGCUCGCGUAUCUGCACGAGCGUAUGAUCGUACAUCGUGACAUCAAGGACGAAAACGUUAUUCUCGACUCAGCUGGCAAUGUUCAGCUCAUCGACUUUGGCAGCGCUGCAUAUAUACGCGAGGGUAAAAAGUUUGAUACCUUUUCGGGCACAUUGGACUUUGCGGCUCCCGAAGUUCUGCGUGGAGAGCGAUACAGCGGCAAGGAGACCGAUAUCUGGGCGCUCGGCGUGCUCGGCUUUGUCCUUGUCUGCGGAGAAUGUCCUUUCUGGAAUAGCGAAGAAGCUGCGCAAGGACUUCUGGACGGUACGAGAGCAAGUGAAGCACUCAACCUGCGGCUCGCACGACGGCACUCGGGCAUGCCAGGAGCUGCACCGCUGGCAGUUGAUAUGUUCGACGCGCUGGAUCCAUUCCUACCGCCCACGCGGACGCCGUCCUCGCAAGGUCACAGCGUGCCAGAGCUCGAUUUUGACGAAGAUGGAGACGAAGACACACAAGAAGAUGAGCCGACAGACGACGAUCCUUCGAAAUGGCAGACGCUCGCCGGUAGCGGCUUACUUGCCGACGCGAUCGACGUCGUCCGUCGCUGCCUCGAGAUUGAUCCGGCAGCUAGACCGACUGCUACGCAGCUCUGCAGACAUCGAUUCUUUAUCGGUUCGCGAGACGGCUGGCGUGGUUCAAGGGGCUGGCAGGACGAAAGCUUCAGUACUAAGCAACCUAUGUGA